AAAGAAGUUUAACUAACAAUUUUAUGUGUGACCAACUUCAAUGCGUGUUUUUUUUUUCAUUAAAAUGGUUCUUCUAACCAUUGUAACAAAAAAAUUUGCAUGCUUUUAGGAAGAAUGCAUCUAAAUAAAAUAAUGUAAUUUUAUUUCAUCGAACCUUUUGACAAUAUUAUUCAAAAUGUUUGUGUUUUAUUAUGUGGAGAUCAUCAAAAAGGGUUGUAGUUGGAUGCAUUCAAUUAAUUAUGCGAUGUGGUCGUAAUAAUGUCGACGUAGAUGACAUAGAUGAUAUAUCCGAGUACGACAUUCAUGAUGUUUCUGGUAAUUGCAUAAAUUCAUUUAUAAAAAUUAACCCACCUUUCACGGUUCAAUGUCCACCAGUGCAUUUCCAACCGCAAAUCUUCCCUAUGGCUAUGCAACAACGGCAAGAAGACUUUCAACAUAGACCAGAUGCACCGGGAACGAGAAGACGUUCACCACCUGAAAUUAUUUCUAAAAUGAUUCAAGCUUUGGAAGAAUUGACGGAAAGUAAUUCGUUGCCAGCCGUCGACAAGGUGCACGGUUCUCAUCAACUUAAUUUCAAAUCUUCCUUUUGACCGGUAUACGAAGAAAAUAGUUGAUAUUUUAAUAUGUAUUUUAAUAUACAACGACGUGUAACGAGAAUUAUCGUUCAAUUUUAAUAACAUUCGAUAUUGAAGAUAACUAGCGUUACUUCAAAUAUUUCUACAUCUUAUUUUACUUUUAUUUCUAUCUUCUCACCUGUUUCUCAUCUUCCUCAAUUUUCUCUCGAACAUCUUAU